UGAAUCGUACGGCAAAAGUGUAUUAAUAGAGUUGUGGCGCAAACGCAUGCAUUGGCUGUGAAUGCAAUCUCUGAAGGUCUCACUGAAUGUACGGAUAGACUAGCGUUUCAUGAAAGCAUCGACUCAUAGACUCAUUCGUAGGAAACCAUUGAAUCCAUUAACCACUGAAACAACAGUUUAUGUCCGAAAGCAAUGCAGACGAGCAUCCAUUAGCACAUCCAUUGUGAUCAUUAUCACUCACUUGAUCCGAGUGUCCACGACACGAGAGUACAGUACAUCAGUGACCAUAAGGUGGUGAGUGUUGGCUGAGCAGCGACAAUGGAGUCUUCGUAUGGCAUUGGAGUGAAGAACAGAUACGCCGUCUUCAUAGGCGACGAAGAAGAGGAUCCCUUAGAGAUCGUCAGCAAGAGUGAGGAGAAGGUGAAGACGUUGGCCCACACGGCCGACAAGUCGACCGCACGGGCGGUGAAGGCGCUCAACGACUCCCGGCUGUCCAAUGCUAACCAUCAGAACAUCAUUAAAGACAACAAGAGUCCAAAGGAUCCACUCAUUAAGUCGAAGACAACGGAAGGUCCGCCGUCUUUGUCCAAAAGUAAAGACAUCACUAAAGGCGAUCCCAACCGAAUGAACCGACAAAAGUCCGACCGGACUCCUCGGCCACCCCGCGAUGGCAACCAAUUGGGCGAUAAACCCAAUUACAUCAGUGACCGCCAGAACCGACCUCCCCGUCAGUUCAAUGACCAGAAGAACAUCGACGACCUGAAGAACCAACGCAACCGAGAUGACCACUUUGGCGGACCCAAUGAGCCC